AUCAUUAGUUAUUUUAUAGUAUUCUUUUUAGUUAUGUUUCGGUAUGUAUUAGUUAUUAAAUUUGCAAAAUAUGUUGAUUAUUAAAUUAGUUGUCAAAAUAAUUAAUUAGUUGUCAAAUUAUGUUAGCUUAUUAUUAGCAAAGUAUAAUGAAUUAGCAAAGUAUGUAUUAUUUAUUAAAGUCGUUAAGUUAGUUGAUUUUUGAAAAUCGAUCAUAAUGAAAAUUGAACAAACAGGAUAGAGAACCUUGGUCCUAUAAACUCUUUAGCGUUAUUUUCACAACAUUCCCAUCAUUAGCAUUUUAUAUGGACCGACCUACUUGAUGCAACCAUCACACAACUUUAUGUUGCUAUACUCACGGAUUUACCGGUGAGUGGAAGGGCAGUCAUCGAUCCUAGUCCAAGCCACACUAGAGAGCAGAUACAGAGGAUGUUUGGGUACUACCACUUGACGAAGCGAUACCUGGGUCAUCAUCAUCAUCAUCAUCCUACCUAGUGUAUCCCGCUCAUAGAAAAACUAUGGACAGGGUCUGGGGAGGGAAGGACGGCGGCAACUCAUACCCAUAAAGGAGAGCGCGACAAAAGGAUUCCCCGACUCGAGAAAGAUAAGGAGACGUAGUUACACGAGAAAAAUACCUGGGUCUUUGGUGAAUUAGAUGUGGUUACUUCACACCUUUGUUCAUUCACCAACACCUAAUGCUGAUGAUGCAGUUUUGGAGUGUUAUGUGCACAUUUAUUGUUGGUUACUUAUUUCGAGCUAUUUGUUUGUUGACAUUUUCGGAAACGAGAUGCAAAGAAAUUUUUUUAGAGCUCCUUUACCGAGACUGGAAUGAUAUCACAUAUGCCGCACUUACUUUCCAAUACAAACAUUUAUAUCGAGCUGCUUCGAUCAAGAAAGGGAAAGCAUCCAAUGACUUUGUGUGUCCACUGGUCAUUCUACAGGUAUUUUCGGAGAUUUCAAGGUAUUUUACGUUGUGUACGAGACUUAGAUACUUUGAUCGAAGAUUAAACACGCGUACCGAAGCUUUCCCAAGCAUUCUAAGUCUUCCUCAAGGUCCCCGCAAAGUCCGGAAGGCAUCGAAAGCUUCAAAAGACGAAAAUGGGCCAAGGAGAACAAGGAUUCGACCGAAUCCAAAUACCAUUCGGUCGAAUGGAGCUAGAUUCGGGCGAAUGGACCUAAAACUCCAAGGAAACGUGCUCAGACUUGCUGGAAACCCUGAAUGGAUCCCUAUUCGGUCGAAUGGGUGCCCAUUCGGGCGAAUGGUCCUUUAAUUCGGUCGAAUGGACCCCCCAGACUGCGCGAUUUCUUUUCUUCGCAAACCAAACUCCGAGGGCUUUUAGGGAAUUUUACCCCUUUUGUUCCUCAGCUUAUAAAUACCCCUCAUUUCUGUAAAAAAGGGGGAUGCCUAGUAUGGGUGCCUUUGUGCCUCACUCUAGAACAUCAUUCUUUUAUUGCUUUUCUUUACUUUUUGCCCUAGUGUAGAUUUAUUGUUCUUCAUUUAUGCCUUCAUCUACUUUCAUGUCACUUCAUUUAUGUAAGUUUAUUUCUUUAAUGCUUUGAUGUCUUUAUUACUUUCCUCUAUUGCU